AUGGUCAACCCCGAGUGCAUCGCACCUCUCCGUGAGGAGCUACAGGCAGCUCUGCCCACAGGACAAUGCACUACUCCCGACGUGAUGAACCAAUGCCCCAAGUUGGAGAGCUUUAUGCGUGAAAUCCUGCGUCUUCACGGCACUAUUUUAUACGGCUCGAGUCGUCUUGUGAUAAAACCAGUCCACAUCCCUUCCCUUGGCCGCACCUUUCCCCCAGGGUCGAUCCUCACGCUGCCCUGGUACUGGAUGUCACGCGAUCAGGAUUUGUACCCAAACCCGGAUGAAUUUGAUAGUCACCGCUUUUACGAUGAGUCCUCGGGGGGCUGUACUGCACGUGUUACGACCUCUUCCGACAAAUUUCUAGGCUUCGGAUACGGCACCAGCACGUGUCCAGGUCGCUUCAUGGCGAGCAGAGUCGUCCAAACCGUCUUCACCAAAAUCCUCCUCGAUUUCGAUGUCACUUGCAUGCCUGGCGGGCAGGAACUUCCCUUCAAUAUCUUUUCGAGUGCGUUUUUUAUGACAAAUACUGAAAUUGAGGCGCGAAUCAGGCCUCGUGCCGGGAAGAUGUAG